CUUCAGGUACAUGAUUGAAUUCGAUUGAAACUCAACUAUUUUUGGACUAAAUCUAAUUAAAAUUUUUCGGUAGGCUUCAAUCGUAGUUUUUAAUCAGGAUAUUUAAUAUUUAAUAACAUUUGAAUUACAAACAAACGAGAGUAGUUGUUACUGACAGCUCAUUAUGAAUAAAUUUGAAAAAAAAUUAAGUAAUGAAAUUGACUAGUAUAUGCAAAUAAUACCAUAAAAAUAAAAUUUUAAAAAAUAUUUUAGUUUAAUUUAUGCAUUUGAUUUUAAAUUACUACUUUUGAAGGGAAAUAUUAUUAUUUGAAUAAAACAAUAAUUUUUUUUUAUUUAAAAAAUUGAGAGGUGGCAAUGUUUGAAAUUACCUCAUCAAUUCAAAGCGGAAAUUCACAUAUCGAUAGCAAUUCAACAGACAAAAUGAACGAUAAUUUAAUAAACGAGGGUAAUUUUGAGUUUAAAAAAAUACUUGAAGAAGACCGAAUAAAAGUAAUGCAGAAACGAGUUAUUGGAUUAUUUCAUGAGAAUGUUAAUUUAAAGGAGCAAGUAUCCAAAGAGUCACGUAAAGUUAAAGAACUUGAAGAUAAAUUUUUCACUGUCAACUCAAACAUUUUUAAUAAAAAUAUAAAUUCAAAUCAACAAUAUGAAAGUAAAAUAAAAAUAAAGAAAAAUUUAGAAAAUUUAAAAGAAAGAAAAGUAAAUUACAUGCCAUGGGCAUUUUGCAAGUACUGUAUAAAGAAACUUCCAAAAUUAAAUGCAGCUGAAUCCUUUGUUUUGAUUACUAAAGCAGAAUUAAUGUCUAUGGAAGAAGAAAUGAAUAAAUUGAGGGAAGAAUUAAUUUUUAAAGAACAAACUUCAAUUAAUUAUUUGGAGCGAGAACAAAAUAAUUGUCAGCAAUUAACGCGUCUUGCACAGGAGAUAAUUAUUGUGAAUCAGUUGGCUGAAAAUCGUUAUCAGGACCUUCGGACAAUGGCACAAAUACUUGAAGAGAAAGAGUAUGAACUAAAAAACGCACUAAAAGAAAUUAUGGGGCUGAAGAAAAUAAUUGUAAAACAGGAAAAACGUCGAAGAGCGCUUGGAGACGGUGAUCAGUGCAAAACAACGCCUGUACAAAUAAGUGAAAGAGAAUGCAAAUGGAUCAACACAAUAAUGCAACAGCUAUCAAGACCUCGUAAACUAAAGACAAAAGCCGGUAGUCAAAAUAAAGAUUUUAAUAACGGAAGUAAUAAAAGUUCAGUUAAAGCAAUAGCUGUAACUAAAAGCAGCUUUGAAUAAUUGUACCUUUGAAAUUAAAAAGCUCACAGCACAAUUAAAGUGAACAUUAAACUUGAAUAUGAUGCAAAUUUGAGUAAAUAUAAUUAAUUUCUUAAUAGUUAUUAUACUUCUAUCAACUAUUUAUUGUGGAAUGACAGAUACAUUUAGUGGUUUUGCAUAAGUUACCUGUUUUUGAAAUUAUUAUAAUUACUGGUUCAAUUUGUAUGGACAAAACAGUUAGCAUAUUCUAUGCACUGUUUUAAUAAAUUAUUAAC